UUGGUGCUGGAUCAAUCCCUCACUUAAUCAACUAACUGAAUAAAGGUGAACAUCUCCCCAGCAAAUAUUGACAAGACUGGUGUGUUUCGCAAAAGACAACAGCACUUUACACUAGGCAAGGAAGAACAACGUCGAAGCUUCGAUCACUGGGUUGACUCAGACAUACUACAUGGCUUCUGCGUCUCUAAUACCUCUCCUUAUUCAGUCUUUCAAUCUCUUUGGAAUCGGCCAUAAGUCCUGACAAUCCUUGAUCUGUUAAGUCGGUUGCACUUCAAAUUCCUUCUCUCAACGCAAACACCCCACCACAUCGUCACAGCCAACAGACAUACUUCAAUCAAUAUGGCCGAAUCCAUAGCAUCAAGUUUCAGCAAUUUGGACCUGGAUACAGAUGCAACAAGUGUCAGCAACCAGAGCUUCACCACAGAUGGCACAGACCCCAACAGUCUCGACAUCGAAGGCACCAUCCAUAGCCUAAUCGACCGCUGCAAAACACUCUACGAAGAAGUCGAAACCUACGUCGCGGCCGUAGAAGAGAAGCAAAAGCUCACAAAAGUCCAACAACCAGUCGAGUACCGCAACCUGCGCAACGACUUCAAAAACGAGCUCGCCUUCCUAAGGAAAAUCGUCGGCUCCAAGAUCUCAGAGGAAAAGGCGAGACAUUACAUCACUAGUUCUAACCUCCGCUACUAUGAGGCGCUUUGGGGCACUGCGAAACAGUCGUCCGGACUGCAGGCUUUCCGCAAAUACUACUUCUGGAACCGACAUGAACGACAGGCUGGGAAGCGCACUGCCCAGGGGAUCAGCAUGACGAAAGGAACCUCAAAAAAAGGCCACAGUGCCGCAUUAGUCGACAUCGUCGCCGAAGAGGGCCGGGAAUGGGUGCGCGUCUCGACCAUAUCCGAGAAACGCCUACUCUUCGACGUAGCAAAACUAGGAUGGUGCAACGACUCCGACUCCGACGAAGACAUGCCCGACGCGCCCCAGCCCAGCAACUGGGAAGACGAAGACGACGAAGACCAAGUCGACAUCGUCAAGAGCGCGCGCGAACUCGCCAGAGCCGCGCGCGCAAACCCCAUCUGUGGCCGCCCCCCGAAAGUCCGCUUCGUACUCACCCGCAUCCUGCCAGGCAAGACGCGCGAAAUCGAUAACAUCCUCGACAAACUCCGCGCUACGGGCGCCCACGUGCAGUGCGUAAACGAGGCCUCCCUCACCCUCCCCCUGCGCUACGUACUGCCGAACCUGCUCGUCGACCGCUCCCGCGCGCUGUCCGACACGCUGAACAUCGACUGCACGGUUCUCCUCGCGCUCAUCUCGGAUAUCUCGCACAAGCCCUGUGAGAUCCUAGACUGGUACCCAGUCGAAGUGCGCGCUCAGAUCGAGGAAGAAGCAAAGGAGAAUCUCCUCCCAACACAUCUCUACCCAGCCAUCGGCUCACACGCAAUGGUCUGCACGCAAGAGGCCGCCGACCAAAUGAAUCUCAUCGUGCAGACGCUCGCCACGGACACAGAGAAACUACGCGCUGAUUUACUCCUCGCGCAGGGCGAUCGCGCGGGCCGCUCCCCUGAGCAGCUCGUCGCUGAGUGGUCGAGUAUGUCUGACCAUGCUUCGCCCGCUGGCUUCGCGCUGCCUAUUGAGGUCAGGCCUAGUCAGCUAGAUAGCGUCAUGUCUCGUUUGCCAGUCGCGGCUGCGAAGCUCACGGGUGAGAUGAGCGCGUUGAAUCAGUCUAUUUUCUUCUAUGGCUGGGCUGAGGGCUUGACGACGCUUAGUUCGAAUCGGGCGAGGGCGCGCCAGAUCGAGACGGCGAUUAAUGAGCAGGGGUUGCAGGAUGGGGAGGCUGGGCCGCAUAUAUGGCUUUGUGGGGAGAGUAGGAGUCUGAUUGCGAAGACUGGGCGGCGGAGGUGAGGAAGAAAAGUCCAUGGCGGGAUAAUUAUACAUAGCGAGAAAUUAGAGAGAGUUGGUC